GUACUCGUUUUUAAAAAUGGUGUCCGUGGUGGAGGUACUAUGUCUCCUGCUGGUAGCUGUGCUGUGGGGCUGCACCAACCCAUUUCUGAAGAGAGGCACAGAGGGGAUUGAACAUGUGAAAAAGGAUAGCAAGUUUCUUCACUUCCUGGCAGAGGUUAAGUUCCUGUUUUUAAACAUCAAGUACCUGAUACCAUUCCUACUGAAUCAGAGUGGGUCCUUGGUGUACUACUUCACUCUUGCCGCCACAGAUCUGUCUCUGGCUGUGCCCGUGGCCAACUCCCUCACCUUCCUCUUCACCAUGCUCACUGGGAAGCUACUUGGGGAGGAGUUUGGAGGGAAAAGAGCUGUUGGAGGGAUGGUCCUCACCAUGGUGGGCAUCACUCUAUGCAUAGUGAGCUCCAUCAGUGAGACUGAGAGCAAGGGGCAGCAGAAUGGCACAAAGGUCUCACCAUAGAAAUAGAUACUGUAUCAGCACAGUACUGUAUAUCUCUAUGGGUCUCGCUCUAAAAAAGAUGACUGGACACAUUUUAAAAGGUUCUAUCACACACCACCUAGUUCAAGUUAUUAUUUCUUGUCUAGGGUACUUUAUAUAGGCUUAGUUAUGUCUUCAAUAGAAGUGACUUUGUGACUUUACAUAACAUAUUUCAACUACAGCAGUGUUUAGGCUAUCCAAGGGACCAAAGCAUAUCGCUGUAGAACACAACAUUUUGUAACAGAUAAUGAAAAUGAGAGCUUCUUAUUGGACAAGUUCAAGUAGUAAGCUACCUCUCCAGUCCCUGUUUCAAAAUGUUUUCUCCCUACACCAGCCAGCCAGUAGAGUGAUUGGACAAUAUGUAGAAGAGAAUGCAAAUGACCUUAGUGGGAACUCAUCAUGCACAAUGUUGUGGCUCCCACACCUUAUAACAACUGUGACAGAGUUCAAGUGGGGUUUAUUCCAGCCGGGGUCCAGAUUUAUUGCCUAUCAAGUUAAGGCCGAGCCAGCCAUUCUUGCCACUUUGCUGCCAUGUUGUGUGAAUACUGCCCAUAGAAACACUAGGCUAUAGGCCUAUAGAAGACCACAGUCAAUGUGUUAAUGUUGAACAUAGACCAACUAGAGUUCAUGUCUUGAAAUCACAGUGCUGCUACUGUAUACAAAGGUCAGAGAAACCGUUAUUACAUUGUAAUGUCUUAAUGUAACUUAUUUUGAUAUGAAACUACAAAGGCGUUCCAUGCAAGGUGAUAUGUUGAGUGGGGAAAAACUGUCGUCUGUUUGCUGUUUUAUUGCACUUUUUAUUCAGAAAUAAUGGCAUUUAACCCAAAAUGCUUGUACUGUACAAUCAGAGGACGUUGCUGUUUUUGUAAGAUAAAAUAUUUCAUUUGG